CCCCUCUUCUAGUCUUCUACUGCUUCAUUACAACAACUUUCAAUCCAAUCUCCUUCUUCUAACUUUCAACCACUCCACUCUCCAAAAGAUCAAAACUUUCUUCAAACCCCAUCUCAAUUACCACCACACCAAAAUCAAAACCCUAAACUUUAAUAAUAAAAAAAAUGAAAUCAUCAUCAGAGAUUGAAAUUGUGACAGACCCAUCUUCAAAAGACACCAAAAACACCAACAACCAAGAAUUAGUGAUCCUUGAUGUGUUUGGUGCUUCUGCUUAUGGUGAUCUUUCUAAACUUAGAAAGUUUGUAGAAGAAGAUGGUGCAUCAGUUUCUCAACCAGAUGGUAAUGGGUACUACCCACUUCAAUGGGCUUCUCUUAAUAACUUUGCUCAUGUUGUUCAGUAUAUUCUUGAGCAUGGUGGGGAUGUGCACACGGUUGAUAAUGUGAGGCAGACUGCAUUGCAUUGGGCAGCUGUUCGAGGUUCGGUUGCAGCUGCGGAGGUGUUGCUGCAGAACGGUGCACGUGUUGAGGCGGCUGAUGUAAAUGGUUAUCGGGCAGUUCAUGUUGCAGCUCAGUAUGGGCAAACAUCUUUCUUGAAUUACAUUGUUACCAAAUAUCAUGCUGAUUUUGAUGUACCCGACAACGAUGGAAGGACCCCUCUUCAUUGGGCUUCUUAUAAAGGAUUUGCAGAUACCAUCAGAUUGCUUCUUUUUUGGGAUGCCUUACAAGGAAAGCAAGAUAAAGAAGGCUGUACCCCUUUGCAUUGGGCAGCAUUGAGAGGAAAUGUGGAGGCCUGUGUUGUACUUCUGCAUGCUGGGACAAAGCAGGAAUUAACCGUUAAAGAUAGUGCUGGAUUAACUCCUGCACAAAUUGCUGCCGAUAGAGGCCAUCGUCAUGUUUCUUUAAUCCUUUCUAAUGCACAUCGUGCGCACAACAAGUGUUGGAAAGACAAUGUUUGGAUCAACAGAGUCAGGGAAAUAGGUUAUGCCCCUAUUCUAUUUUGCAUAGUAUUCGUCAGCACGAUAAUCUUCAUCAAUUCCGUUCUUUUUGCUUCUAAUCUUCCAAAGGUGACUGCUGUUGUCGGGCUCUGGGGCUGGACUGGUGUAUCAUUUUCAGUAGCUUCACUACUGAUGUUUGUCCGGUGUAGCAGUAAAGACCCUGGUUAUGUGAAAACGUCAGGAGGGAUUAAAAAUAAUGCUGGUGUUGAGGCUCCUUUGUUGGCCAUUGAUCUGACCAACACGCCUCAUUGGACUGGAAAUUGGUCCCAACUCUGUCCUACUUGCAAGAUAAUUAGACCCAUACGCUCAAAGCAUUGUCCUGCAUGCAAAUGCUGUGUCGAGCAGUUUGACCAUCACUGCCCUUGGAUCUCGAAUUGUGUAGGAAAGAAUAAUAAAUGGGACUUUUUUGUAUUUCUAUUAUUGGGAUCUCUGACAGCAGUGAUAGGUGGUGCUGUUGCUGUUCAUAGAAUGUGGACUUCGAUACCAGCAUUGCAGAAUGAAGAGUCUUGGAUUCAUCAUGUUGUUUUUCAACAUCCUGGUGUUGCCGUCUUCCUUUUUAUCGACUCUUUUAUCUUGCUUGCUGCUGGAACUCUAUUUGUCGUACAAGCAUACCAGAUUGGUAGAAACAUGACGACUAAUGAAUCAGUAAAUGCUACACGAUAUGGGUAUCUUCAAGGAACAGAUGGGAAGUUUCAUAACCCAUAUAAUCAUGGUGUUGUCAAGAAUUGUUCCGACUUUUUAAUUCGAGGCUAUACAGACGAUGAAGUUACCUGGCCUCCUUUGCAACAAGCUGCCAGAUAGUAGCCAUAUAUUUGCAUGCAGUACCCUAUAUACAUUAAUCUUACCUUUAGUUUUUUUUUUCUUCUUGAGAGGGUAGGGGUGUUGGCCUGUGCACAAGUAGUUUGACUGUAUACACAACACUUACUUUAGAUAUUGAUUUUGUUAUGAUAUGUAGAGAAUACAUAGUGUACAAAACGCUCAUUUUACACAUUGUAAAAUCAUUUUGCUGUG